AUGGUCGAACGUUUCAGGCGUUCCUUAGACAAAAACUUGGAUUACGUAGGCUUCGUGGAACAAGUUCCUCCGUCAGAGAAGUUCUAUCGUCAUCCGAAUCUUAGCUACGAGGAGCAACAAAAACAAUUAAAUGGAAAUAUCGAUUCAGAAAGCACGAUGAAUGGGUUCGAUCUGGCGAAAACAAUGGCUAGAGUCGAAUCUUCCACGAACGAACCGAGGAAACAUAAUUACGUCCCGGUUUUUCCUAGUUGCAACGAUACAGAAAAUUUGAAGGCAGAUGAUGCGAACAAAAUUACAGAGAAAAAUUUGAAAGAUCGAGAUAAGAUUAGAGAAAAUGAUAAGAAAGAUCCUGCAGGAUCCGAGAAGUAUAGAAACGAAACGUCUAAGGAUAUGAAUAAGUCGCAGAGUUCGAUUAAGCAGCAACGAAGGGAUAAGAGUUAUAUUAAUAUACGGGAUCAUCAGAAAAAUGCGGAGAACACGACGUCCUCGGAUAUCCCAGAGUACGAUCCAAAUAAAAUUCCGUACGUCGACGUGCCGGAUUAUUCUGACAUUAGAGAGGAGAGUUUGGACGAGGAUGAUCGUAAGGCGAGUCUUGGAAAAGAAGAGAAAUUCGUAGAUGAAGAAAAAUCUACAGAUCCUAAAGAACCUCCUGAAUCUGAAGAAAAUAAAAAAGAGACAUUAUCGAACGAUUCGGAGCAAAAUUUAAAUAGAAGAACUGAUUCAGACGUGACAAAUCUGAAAACUUGGAUAAAUUCAGAGAAGCCUUCUAAAUCUUCAGAUAAAAAUAAAUAUGACGCUAAAAAUAUCUCGAAACCUUCCAAUUUGAAAUCAGGUGAAUCUGAAGUAUUGAAAGACUUCAAGACGAUAUUGAAACCUACAAAAAUCGACGAAUCUGGAGAAAACGAUAAAGACAAAUUACCGAGAGGAUCGAAUCAGAGACCGAGUUCCAAUUUCAGCGAGCAAAAAUCGUCAGAAAAUUCCGAAGAAGACUCUGCAGAAACGGAACAACAAGGGGAUUCCAAGAGCCAAUCGGGGCCCAUAAUUUUCGACAUAAACGAGUACAGGAAGCCGUUCGAUCUAGACGAAUUUCUUAAGGACGAUCCGAUAAUGAAAAAGUUGAAGCUGCUCGAAAAGGAGACGCGGACCAAUUACGGACGGAACGGGAAGCGAGUUCCAGGCGACUUCAACGAAUCCGAAAGUGAUAAUGCGUAUAGAGAACGAGUAAAGUCGCGAGAGGAUUCCAUAGAAGCACCGGACACUUUCGACGAUCUACCAAAAUCUCGCGAAUCCGGCGAUUUCACCGACGUCCUCGCGAAAAUCGCUCGAAACGAAGAAACGAAAAAUCGGCGAAAUUCCAACGAAGAUUUUCCGAAGUUCGCGUUUAAAAAGGACGAGGAGAACGAUGCUUCGAAACACGAGGAAGAAUUUCUAUCGAGAUACUUCACCGACGACGCUGUUAGAAAUCUACGGAAGAACGCGAGGAUCGAAGAAGAAGCUCGCGAUCGGAAGGAUACGAAGCGCAAAGAAGACGUGUACAACGCAUUGUCCACGAUCCUGAGCAAGAAAAGCCGUGUUUCGCGGCUGGACGAGGACGAUCCAGCACACCGUUACAAAAACUUCUGGUCCUUAGAAUAUAAAUCUCCCCGCAAGAGAGUCGACAUGGAGGCGCAAGAAAGGAGGAAAUAG